AUGGAGGACAAACGCAACAUCCCCAUCAUUGAGUGGGAGCACCUGGACAAAAGGAAAUUCUACGUGUUUGGGAUUUGCAUGACUAUGAUGAUCCGGGUGAGCGUUUACCCAUUCACGCUUAUCCGAACACGGUUACAGGUUCAGAAGGGCAAGAGCCUAUACAACGGGACUUUUGAUGCUUUUGUGAAAAUCCUGCGGACAGAAGGGACAGCCGGGCUCUACCGUGGCUUUUUGGUCAACACCUUCACCCUGAUCUCCGGACAGUGCUAUGUGACAACAUAUGAGCUCACUCGAAAGUACGUGUCACGGUACAACAACAACAACGCUGUGAAGUCACUGGUGGCAGGUGGCUCAGCCUCCCUGGUGGCCCAGAGCAUCACGGUGCCCAUUGAUGUCAUCUCCCAGCAUCUCAUGAUGCAGAGGAAGGGGGAAAGCAUGGGCAGAUUUAAGGUACAGAACCAAGACGGCAAGCGGAUGUUGGUCUUUGGCCAAACCAAGGACAUCAUUGUACAGAUUUUCAAGGCCGAUGGCUUUAGGGGGUUCUACAGGGGCUAUGUGGCCUCGCUGCUCACCUAUAUUCCCAACAGUGCAGUCUGGUGGCCCUUCUACCACUUCUACGCUGAACAGCUUUCCAGCUUGACUCCUAAAGACUGUCCCCAUCUCCUCCUGCAAGCUAUAUCGGGGCCACUUGCAGCCGCCACAGCUUCCACCCUCACCAACCCCAUGGAUGUCAUCAGAGCUCGGGUUCAGGUGGAAGGCAAGAGCUCCAUCAUCCUCACCUUCAAACAGCUCAUGGCAGAGGAAGGUCCCUGGGGCCUGACUAAAGGCCUCUCCGCCCGCAUCAUCUCGGCCACUCCUUCCACCAUCGUCAUCGUGGUGGGGUAUGAAACUCUGAAGAAGCUGAGCCUCCGCCCGGAGCUGGUGGAUUCGAGGCACUGGUAG